AUCACAAUUAACUUACCAUUUGCAUCAACGAUCGAUCGCUUCCAGAAUAAUCAUUCCCUCCCUAUUUCACCCGACGAGUAUCUUGCGACACAUCUAGCUGCUUCUUAACUACAACCUUCGCGGCCUUUCCUAUCCUAUCGCUUUGAAUCAAGGACAAAACGAACUACCUUUCGACUCUCCCUUCACUUCAUCGAGUUACUCCUUUUCUACAACACGAGAGAACACAUUAUGAAUGACGCCUGGGCGGCAGCGGUCCUACAGGCCCGAGAUGACAAUGGUGGUGGCUGGUGGUAUAGUAGGGAGGGCUACACCGUCCGAUGGGCCCUUUUCAUCGGCGUCGUCGCCCUCAUCAUAGCCUACCUGUUCGGCGGCUACUACCACGCGACCCGGCGCAUCCGCAAAGGUCUCCUCCCCCUCCGGUACCACCGCUGGAUGAUCAAGCGCACCGUGCUGGCCCAGAUCGACCCCCGAUACGCCCCGGCGCCCCGACCCAACGCGACGUACUCCUAUGCCACGUACCGUCCCGCCGACGCCUACGGUAUGGGCAGCAUGCCGCCUCCACCCGUUUACGAUCCGAGUGCGCCCCGGCCGCCGGCUUACUCGCCUCCCGAGGGCGGAUCCAAGGUGAACCCGACCCAGCAGCAGAGUGGGCCGAGUACAAGCCAGGAGUAUGCGCCGCCUCCUGGGCCGCCGCCGUCGCACUCUCAGCAGCAGCAGUAGGAAGGUACGACGGCGGAUGACACGGGGGAUAAUAAUUCUCCAAGGGAAUAAGGGAUAAGGCAAACGGGCUGAGACGGGUGGUAUGUUGGGAAGAAU